AUGCUGUGGCUGCUGCUUCUGCAGGUGUUGGCCAGCAGCCUCUGGCUGGGACACAGUGAGGUGGUGACAUCCUUUGAAGAUUGUCCUCAGUUUUUCUAUGAGGAAACCAGCCCAAAUGAUGCCCUGAAUCCACAGAACCCAGCCUGGAUCUGUCAGCGCUACAGCAGCUCCUAUCACUAUGCCACCCUGUACGACCGAGAGAGGAGAAUUCCAGUAUACUCUGCUUACAUCUACCGGCCUUUAAGUGAAAAGAUACAUGAUUCAUCAUGGUUUGUUGAGCCCCAGCUGAUAGGUGACAACGAUCUUAAAGACAUGGAAACUGAGUUGGUCCUUAUAGAACGCUACAAUUUCACUUCAGACCAAAUCAAAGCAAGCCAGGCUGUUCUUGAAGACUACAAUCAACUGCUUGGUUUGGAACGUGGCUAUUUGAACCCCAGUGGCCAUCAUGAUAGCAGAGACAGCAGGAAGGCUACCUUCACCCUCACCAACAUAGUGCCCCAGGACAGCAGUUUGUACAUUGGUCAGUGGAAACACUACGAGUUUACGAGGAUGCCAGAAAAGAGCAAGGGCUGUACAACCACCUACGUCAUCACGGGUGCUGUGCCUGGGAACAGCUAUGUCGCUCAAGGGAGGGUUAACAGACCCAGCCACAUCUGGUCAGCUGCCUGCUGCUUGGUGGGCACACAUCCCACAAAGGCCUGGGGAGCCAUCGCUGAGAAUGACCACGACCAAAUCCGGAUCCUCAGCCUGGGGGAGCUGGAGGCCAGGUUGACUGAGAUCUACGAGGGGGAAAGAGUUACUCUGUUCAGCAAAGCCUGUCCCCGGAAAUAA